GUUGUUAGAAAGUUAAUGGCUUGGGGGAGAGAGAAUCUCUUCAGGAGAGUUUAAGGCUUUUUCUCAACUAAAACGGAACCAUUUUGUAACAAUAAAAGCCCAAAGUAAGCGAGAGGGCUGCGUUCGCUUCAUAAACACAUUGAUUAUUGGGGAAAUUAUGCAGGAUGCAGUAGCCGGGACGGCAAUGCUGACGGACGGUUUCGAGGACGAGCUCGAGUCGGUGAGUCCGCGCUCCCCGGCGCUGGGCAUGGGUGUCGCAGCUACACCAGCAGCCGGACUCGGAGGCCUCGGCCUUGGGGUCGGCGCAAAGAAAGUACGCUUGUUCGGCGAGCCCGGCGGGCCUGCCGCAGACAGACUCGACUUCAAACUGACCGCAGCCGCAGUGCUUUCGUCCGGGCCAGGAUCCGGCAGCGACGAAGAUGAAGUAUCUGAGGUGGAGUCAUUCAUCUUGGACCAGGAGGAUCUAGAUAACCCUGUGUUAAAGACAGCAUCAGAGCUACUCCUAUCCAGUGCUGCAGACGGAGCUGAUCUCAGAACAGUAGAUCCAGAAACACAAGCACGGUUAGAGGCUUUACUUGAAGCAGCAGGCAUUGGUAAACUGUCCACUGCCGAUGGCAAAGCCUUCGCAGAUCCCGAGGUGCUGCGCCGGCUGACGUCGUCGGUGAGCUGCGCGCUGGACGAAGCCGCUGCCGCCCUUACCCGCAUGAGGGCCGAAAACACACUCAACGCCAGCCAGGCAGACAAUCUGGUUAUUUUUAGCCGUAGCCUGCCUGAGGCCUGCUCUGACGGGGAUGUAAACGCAGUGAAGAAGCUCCUGGAUGAGGGCCACAGCGUCAACGAGCACACAGAAGAAGGAGAGAGCUUGCUCUGUCUGGCCUGCUCUGCUGGGUACUAUGAGCUUGCGCAGGUCUUAUUGGCCAUGCAUGCUAAUGUAGAGGACAGAGGCAUCAAGGGAGACAUCACACCCCUAAUGGCUGCUGCUAGUGGAGGUUACGUAGACAUCGUCAAACUGCUUCUGGUUCAUGGAGCUGACGUCAACGCACAGUCCUCUUCAGGUAACACGGCACUGACGUAUGCUUGUGCUGGUGGGUUCCUGGACGUUGUAAAGGUUCUGCUAAAGGAGGGAGCCAACAUUGAAGAUCACAAUGAGAACGGCCACACACCUCUGAUGGAGGCGGCCAGUGCAGGCCAUGUGGAGGUGGCGCGUGUGCUUCUGGAAUACGGUGCUGGGAUCAACACACACUCCAACGAGUUUAAAGAAAGUGCGCUCACACUGGCGUGUUAUAAAGGGCACCUGGACAUGGUGCGGUUUCUUUUGGAGGCAGGAGCUGACCAGGAACACAAGACAGAUGAAAUGCACACAGCUCUCAUGGAAGCCUGCAUGGAUGGUCAUGUAGAGGUGGCGAGAUUGCUUUUGGACAGCGGUGCACAGGUGAACAUGCCAGCCGAUUCGUUCGAGUCUCCGCUGACCUUGGCGGCCUGCGGAGGGCAUGUAGAACUGGCAGCUCUGCUGAUCGAAAGAGGCGCCAAUCUGGAGGAGGUCAACGAUGAGGGCUACACACCUCUCAUGGAGGCUGCACGUGAGGGCCAUGAGGAGAUGGUGGCUCUGCUUCUGGCACAAGGUGCAAACAUCAACGCUCAGACGGAAGAGACACAGGAGACGGCGCUGACGCUUGCCUGCUGCGGGGGCUUUCUAGAGGUGGCUGACUUUCUCAUCAAGGCAGGAGCAGACAUUGAGCUUGGAUGCUCAACUCCACUAAUGGAGGCGGCACAGGAGGGGCAUCUAGAGCUGGUCAAGUACCUGUUGGCUGCCGGAGCUAACGUUCAUGCCACCACGGCAACGGGGGACACAGCACUGACGUAUGCCUGUGAAAACGGACACACAGAUGUGGCUGAUGUGCUGCUCCAGACUGGUGCUGACCUGGAACAUGAGUCAGAGGGUGGAAGGACGCCACUGAUGAAAGCAGCCAGGGCAGGACACCUCUGCACUGUACAGUUCCUAAUCAGUAAAGGUGCUAAUGUAAACAGAGCGACGGCUAAUAACGAUCACACGGUAGUGUCUCUGGCGUGUGCUGGAGGCCACCUGGCUGUUGUGGAGCUGUUGCUGGCCCAUGGUGCAGACCCUACUCACAGACUGAAGGAUGGCUCCACAAUGUUGAUUGAAGCUGCUAAGGGUGGUCACACCAAUGUGGUGUCCUAUUUGCUAGACUACCCAAACAACAUUUUGUCUGUCCCCGCGCCGGAUCUGUCCCAGCUAACGCCCCCCUCCCACGACACAUCUCAGGCUCCUCGAGUCCCAUUCCAAGCCCUGGCCAUGGUGGUACCCCCUCAGGAGCCAGACAGCGUGCCCUCCACCAUUGCCACUCCCCCGCCGGCUACAAACAAAGUUAUGUCCAAGCAAAGACUGAGCUCACUUCAGAGCAAUGCAGUGGCCACAGCGGGGCUAGAUGCCGACCUCCUGCCCCCCUUUCACCCGUACCAGCCACUGGAGUGCAUUGUGGAAGAGACCGAGGGCAAGCUAAACGAACUGGGCCAGCGCAUCAGUGCCAUCGAGAAGGCCCAGCUGCAGUCACUGGAGCUGAUCCAGGGCGAGCCGCUCACCAAAGACAAGAUUGAGGAGCUGAAGAAGAACCGUGAAGAGCAGGUGCAGAAAAAGAAAAAGAUCCUCAAGGAGCUGCAGAAGGUGGAGCGGCAGCUGCAGCUUAAAACGCAGCAGCAGUUUACCAAAGAGUACAUGGAGCCCAAGGUGAAAGAGGACCCGGGCCAGACGGCAGGGGUGGAGGCGCCCGGCACACCCCUGCCACCGCAAGCCACGCAGCUGGGCUCCAGUUCCAUCGUCGAGGACGAUAACAGCAUUGAGGACCACCAGCCCGGCCCUGCCAGCGACGAAGAGGACGAGGGGGACGAAGACGACGAGGAUGAGGACGACGACGAGGGAGACUCCACCGAGCUGCCACAGGUCGACACCAUUCUGUACCGAGAUGGAGGACAACAGCCGCCGCCUCCUCCUCAGCCCCAUGGCUUGCAAGCUUCCCCAUCUCCCCCUCUGCAAUCCAGCUUUGUCCCCAUUCAGCCCAUGAACGUGCAGCAGUCCACAGACUUUGGCAGUGCAGAAUACCCCAGCAGCAGCAGCCCUGAUCUGCAGAGGGUAAUGUUGGGCCAGCAGUUGUCGGGACUUGGGCCCGGUCUCCUUGCGCAGUCACCGGACGGCCUAAUGGUGGCGACGCCUGCACAGACACUCCAUGACACGCUAGAUGACAUCAUGGCAGCAGUGAGCAGCAGAGUGCCUAUGUUGAACACUACGACCUCACCCAUACCUCAGCCCUCAACACAGACGCCCAUGAACACUGUCUCCCCGCCCUCCAUGCUUCCACUCUAUCCAUCUGUAGACAUCGACGCACACACGGAGAGCAAUCAUGACACUGCUCUGACCCUGGCCUGUGCAGGUGGCCAUGAGGAACUGGUGUCUGUUCUCAUUGCGCGAGGGGCCAACAUCGAGCACCGAGAUAAAAAAGGCUUCACCCCUCUGAUCCUUGCUGCCACGGCAGGUCAUGUCGGCGUUGUAGAGAUCCUCUUAGAUAAAGGAGGAGAUAUUGAGGCUCAGUCUGAGAGGACCAAAGACACCCCUCUCUCCCUGGCCUGCUCAGGUGGCAGACAAGAGGUGGUGGAACUGUUGCUUCUCCGCGGCGCUAACAAAGAGCAUCGGAACGUGUCAGACUACACUCCGCUUAGCCUGGCUGCGUCAGGGGGCUACGUCAACAUCAUUAAAAUUCUCCUCAACGCUGGAGCCGAGAUCAAUUCCAGGACUGGCAGCAAGCUGGGCAUCUCUCCUCUAAUGCUGGCUGCCAUGAAUGGCCAUGUACCUGCGGUAAAGCUGCUGCUGGACAUGGGCUCCGACAUCAAUGCUCAGAUUGAAACCAAUCGUAACACAGCGCUAACGCUGGCCUGCUUUCAGGGGCGUGCUGAGGUGGUCAGCCUGUUGCUGGACCGCAAGGCUAAUGUGGAACACCGAGCUAAGACGGGACUCACACCUCUUAUGGAAGCUGCUUCGGGCGGCUAUGCUGAGGUGGGCCGUGUGCUGCUGGAUAAGGGUGCGGAUGUCAAUGCCCCUCCUGUCCCCUCCUCUCGUGACACAGCUCUCACCAUCGCCGCAGACAAGGGCCACUACAAGUUCUGUGAGCUUCUCAUUAACAGGGGAGCUCACAUCGACGUGCGCAAUAAGAAGGGGAACACUCCUCUGUGGCUAGCUGCAAAUGGGGGCCAUUUCGAUGUGGUGCAGCUGCUGGUGCAGGCAGGAGCAGAUGUUGAUGCAGCAGACAACCGCAAGAUCACACCUCUCAUGGCAGCAUUCCGCAAGGGGCAUGUGAAAGUGGUCCAGUACUUGGUGAAGGAGGUGAAUCAGUUCCCCUCUGACAUCGAAUGCAUGAGAUACAUCGCCACUAUCGCAGACAAGGAGCUGCUAAAGAAGUGUCAUCAGUGCAUGGAGACCAUAGUCAAAGCCAAAGACCAACAGGCUGCUGAGGCUAACAAGAACGCAAGCAUUCUGUUAAAGGAGCUUGAUCUUGAAAAGUCCCGUGAAGAAAGCAAAAAACAAGCUUUGGCAGCGAAGAGAGAGAAGCGCAAAGAGAAGCGCAAGAAGAAGAAAGAGGAGCAAAAGAAGAAGCUUGAGGAAGAGGAGGCCAAAGUGAAGGAUACGUUUUUUGAGACACAGGACCAGAAGGAAGACUCUGCUGAUGAGCCAGAGGUCCCUAUCGAGCCCCCGAGCGCCACUACCACCACGACUAUCGGCAUCUCCGCCACCUCCACCACCUUCACUAAUGCCUUUGGGAAGAAGCGAGCCAACAUUGUUACAACGCCCAGCACUAAUCGAAAAAAUAAAAAGAACAAGACCACACCCAGUGAGCCUAUCAUCCUACAAGACCCCCAGGUGGCGCUGGCGCAACAGAAAGCAGACAGAAACAAGAUCCAUGGCGAGCCUCGAGGCGGUGGGGCACCUGGUGGCACCAGUGACUCGGACAACCUGGAUAGCACAGACUGCAACAGUGAAAGCAGCAACGGCAGUAAAAGCCAGGAGAUGACUGACAUAAUGCCCUCGUCCACCUUGUUCUCUUCCUCAACCCCUGCAGGGUCAAGCCAGCAACUGGGUGAGAAGAGACUGGGUGAGAAGAGACCGGCUCCAUCACAUCCCUUUUCUCGGGAGGAGAAGGUCACCGUGUCCAUUUCCAAACCACAGAAACCUCAUGACAUUAUUAUUGACAGUUCCCUGCCGUCAUCCUUCAAGACCAUUUCACUGCCCGUCACCUCACCCAACAGCAAGAUGAACCUCACUAGUCCCAAAAGGGGCCAGAAGAGAGAGGAAGGAUGGAAGGAGGUCGUCCGAAGGUCAAAGAAGCUCUCAGUACCAGCCUCUGUCGUGUCUCGGAUCAUGGGCAGAGGUGGCUGCAAUAUCACAGCUAUUCAAGAUGUGACGGGUGCACACAUAGAUGUUGACAAACAGAAGGACAAGAAUGGCGAGAGAAUGAUCACUAUCAGAGGUGGAACAGAGUCUACACGAUAUGCUGUCCAGCUGAUCAAUGCGCUGAUCCAGGACCCCGCCAAAGAGCUGGAGGACUUAAUACCUCGUAACCAUAUUCGCCAGCCUGGCACUAACACCAAAAUCUGCUCCACCUACACCACCUCCACUGGGGCCACCAGCACUACCGCGGCCAAUUCAAAAGUUGUGCCCUCCUCCAGUAUGUCCUUUCAGUCCUCCAACAACUCAACCACUCAGCAGCCUGGCAAGUUAUGUAAAAUGUCGGCUCCUGGAGUCAGACCCCCUUUCGUCUCUCUGCCACCACUGGCUUACACCCAUCCCCAGCUGGCUCUGAUAGCAGCCCAGACCAUGCACCAGAUCCGUCACCCACGUCUGCCCAUGGCACAGUUUGGUGGCACCUUCUCUCCUUCGCCUAAUACAUGGGGCCCUUUCCCUGUGCGUCCUGUGAGCCCCGGCAGUGCCAACAGCUCGCCCAAACACAGUGGCAAUGCUGUUCCACGUCCUUCAAACUCCGCUCCUUGUACCGCAGAGCAUCCUGCACCGUUGUCGAGUGCUCCCGUCACCCCUGGUUCAACUGCCUCACCUACAAGCACUGCCCCCUCAAAAACACCCACGCCCACGUCUGUAAAGAAGCAACUCUUUGCUGCUGAGCCCAAGUCCGGAUCCGCAUCUGUAGCGACCACUACCGCCAGCAGUACUCUUGCUACUCAGGCUCCUCCUGUGACGACCACCUGUUCUCCUACCACUCCCACAACCCCUCCACCUUUGCCCACCCCUAUCGCCCCACCUACACAGCAUCAUUCAGCGCCCAAGCAAGACCUCUCGACAGCUGGUACUCCUGCUAAAGAAAAGCCAGCCACUGAUCUGGCUGUUCCUGUUUCCAGCUCCCUCUGUGAGGCUUCAAGUCCCUCAGCCACCCUGCACUUCCCUGUAUCUCCCUCAGCACAACCUACGCUGCCUGUGCAAGUGGAGGGCAGGCAGCAGCUGCCCAUGCCAUUCUCCUCCAACACAGAGCCUAGCUCCUCAUCUACAUCACAACCUGGUGUCAUCCUGCCUGUCUCUCGACCCGGACCACCCAGUACAGUCAGCAGCACUGUCACGAUUACCAGCAGCACCUUAACACACUACUCUACGCCUGCUGCACAAGGUGUGUCGCCACGAUUGCAGCCUCCUACGCCGUACUACCCAAUGGCACCCGGAGCCCCGUUGCAGGAGCAGCAGUCUGUCUUUGUGCCUCCAGGUCCACCACAGGAGCCUCACAAACAGCAACAGCCCGCUCAGCCCAGCUUGGCCCCAGCAAACAUGCCACCCACAUCACUUCAGAUGUCCUCCACUAUGGGUAUGAUGAAUGGCUCAAAGAUGCAUAUUCACAGUGGCAAGGGUCAGAUGCCACCCAACUUUGGCCCUGCGGCUCUUUUCAAUCACUUCUCGAGCAUUUUCGAAAGUAACCAGGUUGGCAACAACCAGGUGUGGGGGGGAUCCUGCCACCUUUCUACGUGCAAUCCUCCAGAACAGCCCUACAACGGCCCACCUGCCUACAUAAGUGGAAUGGGCCAGAUAGAGAGUGCUAUGCCCCCUCCCGAUGGAUCCAAGGCCCCAGGAUAUCGCUGCACGUCCCAGAGAAUAGUCUCUAGUCCUAUUGGCAUGCACCCAAUGGACCCCACAGGCAACGCAAUCUCCUCUUCCACUGCACUCACCAGCUUUACUACAAGCAUGUCAGCCAGCCCUGUGUUUCUUCAAGGCCCUGCUCCCGUUGGUACACCAUCUUUCAGCCGCCAGCACUUUUCCCCUCAUCCAUGGAGCGCCUCCACAUCCUGUGAGUCUCCGGCGCCCUCUGUGUCAUCUGGAGCGUCUUCCCCCUUGUGCACAUCCACUGUGACACAUGCGCUGAUCCAAGCCAAGCCCAGCAGUUCCAGCCAGCAAGAUCGCAAAGUGCCCCCGCCUAUCGGCACAGAACGCCUGGCUCGGAUUCGGCAGACUGGCUCUGUUAACCACACCAUCUUACCCACCAGUUAUACACCGCCGGUUGGACAGGGUGGCAUAUGGUCUUUUGGAGUCGGCAGUGCAUCUGAGGCAAUGUCGGGCUGGUCUCAGCCGAUGAUGGGAGGGCCUGUGAUGCACCAGCAGAUGCAGGAGCAAUCAGCUUUUUCUCAGCACCAGGCUAUGGAGCGUGAUGAUACUGGCAUUGUGGCUCCAUCCAAUACCUUCCAUCAGCCCAUGCCCACCAACUUCAUGGAUUUUCCAAAGGGGUUGCCAAUGUAUGGAGGCACGAUGAUCCCACCCCAUCCUCAGAUGGCUGAGGGUCCUGGAGGCCCCAUAUACAAUGGGCUUCACACCACUGACCCUGCCUGGAACCCAAUCCUAAAAGUCAUGCCCAGCUCGGCUGAGAAUUCAGACCCACAGCAGGUCUGGCCUGGGACUUGGGCCCCACACGUGGGAAAUGUGCAUCUGAAUCAUGUCAACUAAACCCAAAAACAAACCUAGAGUCCGAGAGGCAUAGGAGCAGUAACAAGACGUACACGUUAAAGAACAAGAUAAUUACCUAAUUACCAAAUGUUAACCUAGGAGUGUCCCCUUAAAAGUAGAAGAGUUAUGAAAUUUGAGAGACGGACACCUUUGAUGUGCCUAACUAAAAAGAGAGAGGGAGAGAGAGAAUCCAGUGUGGGCUUUAACAUGUUCACCACCGUCUAUGAACAAAUCGAUUGCCUGUGCAACAGGAUACAUUUUGAGUAGCAUAGCCAUUUUGACAUUUAAGCCCCACAUAAAGCAUUCUUGGUCUGCAGGGCUCAAUAAUAGGACAGUGCGCUAUUUAUUCUCGGCCAAGACCUAGAUGAUUACAGAGAGAGAGAAAAAUCAGACCUUUUAGAGUGGUAAAUACAUGUAUAAUUGUUUACAUACUUAAAAAGGGUAAAUGAGAGUAAAUUUCAUGUCGUAUAGUGGCUCUACUUUAUGUAGCCUGUAUUAAUGUGAAAUAUUUACCUUAAUAUUCAAUAAAAAGUUGGAAAUGUA